CACAUUUUUUAUGUAAAAUUAACUUAGUAAAUACCUCCGUCAUUUAGAUUAAGGUUCUGUGUGACUGAAAGUCGUUAUAAUGACGAUUAUUUACGGGUUUUUUAAUGCCUGAAUUGGAAGUGUAAACGUUAACCAACUUAGAAACUGGCACUAACUGUUAGCUAGCUUUACGUUUUAGUUAUCAACCGUUACUACGCACUUAAUAAUUCAUCAGAUAUGUCGUUGGCUUUUGUCGGUAGUCGAGUAAAUCUGACUGUAACUUCGUAAAGAAACCUCUGUAGCCUGUUAACGGCUUAUGGGGUUUGUUGUGGUCUGAAUGCCAUGGUGACAAAGGGGUGGGUCUUUUCUCUUUAAGUUUUGUGGUUUUCAAGGCAACCGACCCGAGUGAAAUCUCUGAAAAUCCUGCCUGCUUAACCGACCAGUGAUGCAUCCUCUUCAAAUAAGCUUCUGUAAAGGUCCCCUCUUCAUCAAGACUGCUGAUUGGCUGAGAGGAAGUCCUGAGCUGAGCCUGAUUCCAGCUUACUGACAUGACCUGUGAUCACUAAACUUCUGUAGCCAUGGUUUUUAAAAUGGGCAUCACUGCAGAGCCAGACCAACAGGAAGAGAUGCAGAAGGUUCUUGUCCCUGGCUGAGACAGCAUCUAAGGUCAGAGCUGAGACCUGGAGGAGGCAACAACUGUUAGAAUGGAGACCAGAAAAAACACCACAGCAGGGGUUCUUUUCUGGACCCCUGCCCCUGCCCGGACCUCAACCCCCAGCUCUGUGAUAUCUGAGGAAGAGUUGGAGGGUGAAGAGGAAGAACAAGCACAGAGAGAUGAUGAUGACUUUGCCAGCCAGAUGGAUGACAACGGCAUCAUUGGUCUGUCUGAAGCACUGGAGGACAUGGAGCUGAGGAGAACUUUUGUUGAUAUGGACAUUAAUUGUAAUGCUAACCUUGGACCUGGACCCCUCAAACCAGAGGAGGAAGACCCCAGUGAGGAUGACGGGGAGUUGAGUGGCAACCGGAGAGAUCUGUCCUGUCAUGACUUCAUGGAUACACAGACAGUUUAUGACCAGAUGUUGCAAAGGAAAGACAAGCAGGGGAUGGAGUUUCUUCAUCCAAGUGAUAAAUACUUGGACAUGUCAGAGGAGGAGAGCAGUAGCAAGAAAGCUGGGAACAAAAGUGACAGAAAAAGAAAUAAAAAUGAAACUGGAACCAAGAAUAGCUCAACUGAGAGCCAUACUUCUAAAAGAGAGACUGUGAAGAUCAGCUCCACACAAUCUUGUAGUGAUCACUUGACAGAUUUGGAAACCUGUGGAGUCUCAAAUCAUCACUGCCCAGUACCCCAGCCUGCCUCAUCUGCUACCCUACCAGUUUCCCCCCAUGUUCUUCACUUCACUGCUGAAAAAAUCACUGCUGCAGGUAUUGAAGCUGAAACUUUGCCUGACAUGAGCUCCAUAGAAAGUUGUCAUGAAUCACCCAGGAGCCACACAAGCCUCAAGUUCAGUCCCCAGUGCCCCGAGAUAAAGCUAAAGGCAUCUUUUGAGCCAACAGCCAUGUUACCUGAAGUUGCUGUGUUGGAUGGACACAACAAAGGAACUGAUGAACCUUCAAAGGGAUUGAAAAAGCUAGAUAAACAUCAUAAACAGCCUAAACCUUCUCCAAGAAAGACAACAAAGCUUUCUCCUGAAGCUACAUACUGUAGGACUCGUGGCCUCGGCUCAGACAGGGCAGACUCUGUAAGGCAGACCACAAAUUCUAACAGAGAGUUGAGGGCAUCUAGAACCAGGAGUGGUGCAGCGAAAGUGGAUGAAUCCAGAAAAGAGCCUCUGAGUUACCGGAUGCCUGACUUCUCCAAGGUGGAGCCCAGGGUCCGUUUCCCUAAGAGUGGUUACACUCCCCCCAAGAGCAGACGAUCUUUCAAGAGGGAGUCCCUAUCACCUGAGCCCCUUGUAGUGUUUAAAUCCCCUGCUGAGAUUGUCAAAGAAGUCUUUCUUAACACCAGUGAUGGAUCUCCUGAGAUGUCUGGCUCUCACCAAACACCAAACAGUGCCCCAAUAUCCAUUGUGCCUCAGGGUUUCAGAUCUCCACAGCAGGCCACCACGAUGAUGGAAGAACUGCAGGAGCACUACAAAAGACUGCUGACUAAGCACGCUGAGGCAGAGCGCACCAUUGAUCGUCUGCGUCUGGAAGCCAAGGUGAACCUUUACUCUGACCCUCCAAAGCCUGGUCACCUGGUGCAGUCAGGACUGAACCGGGAGGCCUCAAAGGUCAUGAUUCUGGAUUUUCCUCAGGCUCAAAGAGCAGACAUCAACUUAGUGUCUCUUCAUUCAAAUGGAGCCAGCUGUCAUCAGAGAAGUCCACCAGCUUGUCCCUCCACAUGCAGCCCAGGUCCUCAGUUUGGACAGCAGCUGGCUAACAUUCUCUACGGCCAGGCAGACAAAUUUCUUCAGCAGCUGCAGAUAUUUGAUGAUCUCCUUAAGAACAACCAACUCAAACAUGAUGAACGGAUGAAGGGUGUCUUGCAGCUUGCUAAGGGGCUUGACUUUUUAGAAAGAGGCUACCUGUCAGCAAGAGAUGAGCACAAAGUCAUGCUGCAGCAAGGAGCAGAAAUGGGACCCUUUGACCCUGAUCGGGAGCUGGAGGGGUUUGUCUUUCAGUGUGGGCUCAGCAUGGAAGAGAUAAAGGAGCAGGUGGAACAGAUGCAGGAGGAGGAGCCUGUGUGUGAGACAUCACCCACUCUGCAACCUGAUCUCACAUCUUCAUCUGUCUCCUCUGAUGGAGGAGAAGCCCUCACUCAGCCAGAGAGUCCAGCUGAACCUUCACUAGCUCAUCUUGUACAGCCAUCAGUGUCGGAGAGGAGCGCAGCCAAUAAAGAAGACUACCUCAGACCUCUAGAAGAGCAAGCAUUUGCCAAACCAGUGGAUCACUGCCAAAGCUUCAAGGAGUUACCAAAACUUAUAGCGCAAGACCAUAAAGAUGGCGCUUCUCUUUUUGCCACUGGGACAACCAAUCUGGAGCCCAUAAUGAAGGAAAAGGGGACACAGAAUCAAGAGAUGGGAAACUUGGAAGUCAAGAAAAGUCUUCCACAGAGGCAGUCAAUCCAUCAGGAGUCAUCCCCUAUAUGCAGCACCAAACAGCUGAGGUCCAGUCUUCCUUCAGUGAGAGAUUCCAGUCAGUCAUUUAGUCCCCCUGUUCCUCCUCCUCCCGGCAGCAGAAAAAGUAUAGAAAUGGGGAGGUCCCACAGCAGCAGUUUAAGCAGUCUGGGAGAGAUCGCUGCACCAGAGAGGAGGAUCACAAAACUCCAAACUGGGAUCAGCAGAGUGCUUUCUCAGGACGGGAUUAUCUCUCCAGAGAUGGACAGUGGGUUUGUUGGUUCUGAGAGCAGCCGUCUGACGCCUGCAGCAGGUCCCAGUCCUCUCCACCAGAGGGCGUCAGAGAGUGUUUCAGUGCAUCAGGAGGGGAACUCAGAAAAGCCUCACACAGGCCCACUCACAGCACCACCUCCUGCCUCUUCACAGCUGCAUCGUCAAACAGCUGUGGAGAGCAGUAGAGGCUCCCAGCUAAACCACGACCGGCAGAGAAGAGGCAAACAGAGGCAGAGGAGACGAAUGAUCUCCUGCUCGCCACAGCGCCAGAUCUUCCUGUCAGAACAGAGCAGUGGGACCAGUGAGUUUGCACUGGAGAGUGAAAGCUCUGUGUCUGAAGACAGACGGGAUGUCCACUACCCAGAAUAUAUCAACUCCCUCCACAGCAACAGCUCAAGCUCCUCUCCCACUGCACGCCAUCACCAUGGCAAUUCUCUCAGAAAGGCGGGGAACCACAAUGCUGCCAUUCAGACUCUGCAGGCAGAGGUGAGCAGAUUAAGGGCGACAUUAGAGAGGGAGAGCUGUUCCAAAAGUCAGAAAUCAACAAGUUCUCACAGAGUAGUCCCAGCAGCUCAGGAGAACCACACUCACAUCAACAUCUCUACAACUCAAGCCAGGUCUAGUGAGCGUGGGAGUUUCGUUACACCGGGAAGAAGAGACAGACAUUCAAAUGAUGAGUUUGAGGACUCAGUGAUGAGACGAUCAACAAGGACGAGACCAACUUCUGCACAAAGACAGAAAACACAUCCUGGUGUCUGUACAAAACCGCCCACACCUGAACCUCAGCCUCUGGUGUCCAGAUCCACGCAAACAUCAGCUGCAGCACGAGAGAGCCAAACUUCACACAUGAGCAUUGCCCAUAGCAGCACACAGACCAAGCAGCACCCCAGCAUGUCUGAAACAACAGAUGAACCUGACAGCAGAAGUCGUAAAGCCCCUCUUUGUCCGCAGUGUUUUUCACAUCACCGUGGGCACCCUGAUACUGCUGGUAGCAGAGAGCCGGCCCACUCUUCUCACUGUCAGCACUGUCGUCUCUGUGGAUGCUCUGAACCAAACAGCAGCUCUGAACCAGACCAUCGUAGAGUCUCCAUCGCUACCAAACACUCAGCCUGCCAGCCAGCCCAGCCCCAUCCUGCAGGCGUGAGCAGCUCAUGCUUUACUGCUGCAGCUCCAUCUCUACCACUGCACUGCAUGCCUGUGUGUCCUCCCCCUCCCUCUCUCCUGUUUUACUCACUGCCCCUCUGCGUGCCUCCUACCAACAGCAGUGGUAAAUCUUCAGGGCUCAGAGGUCAGGGGGAGGUGAGAGUGAGGAGGAGACGCUCCCUGUCAGCUGACCGUCAGCUCUGCUUGGAAAGCUCUCUGAACAGAGCCAACAGAGCAGCUCAGCACAUGAAAGACACCUCUGGACGCAUGGCUCGCUCACUGGCUUUAGGACUACACUACCAGGAGCUGCUCAGGGCAUCCUGCAACUACUAGACUGAAGACAGACCACAGGGAGUCUGAGUGACUUUAAGUCAGCACCAGCAACACCUCAGCCACACCAUCACCAGGAUGAGUGAUGUUUGGACCAAGUCAAUAAAAAAGCUAAAACACUCCUCUUUUCUUAAACUUUUAUUUCUGUGUUUUGAGGAGAAACUGGGACUUCUGGUUUUUAUUUUUUGGCUUUACUUAGAAAAAAAACUAUACAUAUAAAUCAUACACGAAAUCUCAGGUAGCUGAACAGUUUUGUUUCUCAGCAGCUAAAAUGUACCUGCAGAUGUGCUGGUACCUAACUGAUGUAGAUCAGUUGAUUCUUUUGAUCAUAUUGAUUUUUUAAAACUGAUUUAUGAAAUAAUUAAAUUCUAUGUCAAAGGACAUAUACUCCAGGUGUCUUGUAAUGGCAGUUUCAAAAAGUUCACACUAAUUUUUUUAGGUUUUUAUUAAUAAGAUGUCAGUUUAUGAUGUAAAACUGCGAAAUUCAAUGUCAUUGUGAGCCUAUCAAAUGUUUUACCUGUCUCUGUGGUAGCAUAUUGCACUGUGAAUGUAACUAUAAUGCACUCACUCCAUCAUAAAUCAACUGUCAGUAGCCACUUCAUUAGGUACACCUGUUCUUGUUCUCAUAAAUGCAGGUUUCCAAUUAGCCAGUGACAUGGCAGCAAUCAGUAGAUUCAGGGAUGUAGACAUGGUUCAGACGAUAUGCUGAAGUUUAAACCAAGCAUCAGAAUGGGGGAGAAAGGUGAGGAUUUACAAACCGGGGUCAUAGGCACACCACUGGAUUAUCUGUAUUUUAUGAUUCAGUUCAUAAGCUUACCCAUUUAUUCUCCAGAUUUCUAACAGAGCUUUGAUCAAAUGGUUUGGCAAAGUAUCAAAGCAAAGCUAAAGUCUCUUUAGAGCACCUGUCUGUGACACCACACAGACCCAGUAGCAUGUCUACUCUUUUGUCCUGAAUGAUUGUAUUGUUGGUGCACCAAUAUAAUGUUUUAAAUUCAUAUAAAUUUAAAAAUGGCUGACAGGUGGAUUUCUGAAAAAUGAAUGAAACAUAAAGCCAUUCCUGAUGAGAUUUUUUUUUCAAUCUCAGUUGUUUUUGGAGUUGUUUUAAUAGCUACAGGGAGUUUAUUUUAAAAAAAAAUAAAGAAAUGAAUCAUGUUCUGGGAGCCAGAUAGGAAGAUGUUGGGGCCUGAUGUGGCCCCUGGGCCACCAGUUAAUGAUCACUGUCAUACAUGCUUAAAUAAGCAAAAGGAAGUGUCUCUAAAAGUUAAACUAAUUAGAUAUUUGCAUUAACAAGCAUAUGAACAGGUAGACCCAAUGAAGUGGUCAGUAUGUAACUGGUCAGUGAGCCAGUUUGCUGGCUAAUUAACAUAAUCGUGGUUAUUAAUGACAUGGGAUGCUGGAUAUCCUCAAAAUGAAUCUGUUUAUAUGUCGAUAACUGAAUUUUAUGUGUAGCAUUCAUGUUUAGGAUGAGUUUUUUUGUAUGGUACCUUUUUUUGUUGUUACCUUGUUAGUGUAAAAUAUGAAUGACUGAAGGAGACCUGCUGUGGCUGACCAGCUUCAUGUGGAGCAGCAUAUUAGAAUAUUUUUAUAGGAGAAAUGUAUCAUUAUGGUCUGAGAAUUACAAAGGACUAUGGAUGUUACUUGUGAACCAUUUCAUUUUUUUCUACAUCUUGAUUCUUUUUACUUUUGUACCUUUUUUCUGAAACUUUUAGCCCUUUUUUAAAAUACUUUUCAGGGACCUUUAG